UUUUCAACUUCUUAUGCAUGUUUUUUCACCUUCAUUUUCCUAGCAUUAGUUUUAUGGAACACAACUGGUACCAUUGUAGCUGGUCAAGGCGGUCAAGGUAAUGGUCCCAGUCAAUUAAACGAACCAGCUGGACUUUUCUUAACUUCUGCUUCCACAUUAUAUAUAGCAGAAUAUGCUAAUCACCGAGUACAACGAUGUUAUCAAGGUUCAUCGAGUUGUACCACUGUGGCUGGUGGUUCUAAUGGUACUAGUGGUUCUGGUCAAUCAUAUUUGUACCGACCGCUAAAUAUAUAUGUAACAACAAAUGAAACAAUUUAUAUAUCCGACUAUGGUAACAAUAGAGUUCAGAAAUGGGAUAGCGGAGCGUCAAGCGGUACCACAUUUACAACAGCGUCUAAUCUUCGAUUUAUUUGGUCAGAUCAAUCGACCACAUAUUUGUAUGUGACAGAUGCGACCAAUGCUGUUGUUCGUCAAUAUUUAAGUAUUGGAGGCGCUAAUCAGAUUGUUGCUGGUCAAACUGGAAGUGGUAAUCAGAUGGCAUUUCCAUAUGGAGUUUAUUUGAAUUCAUUGUCAAAUCAACUAUAUGUAUCAGAUGCAAGUAAACAUGUGGUAAUUAAAUUUAAUUUAGGCAAUGUAACAGGAGAAUUUAUUGCCGGUACAGCAGGCACAUCUGGAUCACAAGCAAAUCAGUUAAAUGGUCCAACUGGUCUACGCCUUGAUCAAUAUGGAAAUUUAUAUGUAGCUGAUCGAUAUAAUAGUCGAAUUCAAUUGUUUUGUAACGGUUCUACCAAUGGAAUUACAAUUGCUGGCAAUGGUAGUUCAAUAACAAUGAAUAGUACAACUGAUCUUGCUUUGGAUUCAAACUUAAACUUAUGUAGCUGA